GUUGUGGACGCGCGUCACUAAGGGUCCUGACGCUUCCAACGGUCAAGGAUCAGCGUUAGCGACAUCAUGGCGGCGUCCACACGAGCGCAGGUGAUCUCUCUUUACAGGAUGAUGCUGACGGAGAGCAAGAAGUUCCCCUCGUACAACUACAGGACCUAUGCACUGCGGCGGGUGCGUGAUGCCUUCAGGGCCAACGGGAAGGUGGAGGAUCCAAAAACUGUGGAGAGACUCAUGGAGGAGGGACAUCAGACACUGGCAGUGAUACAGAGACAG